GAGCAGCACCUGCAAAUCCAAGUGAUGGGCAUCUCCACCUUUGUUCUGGCAUCUCUGGCAACUGUCUUCAUGCGGCAGUACAACUUACUGACGCAGGGGUUCGGUCUUCUGGCGUUUCUGUUCUGUUUCGUUCCGGCGCAGCGCGCGCUGGACCAAGCCUGCCAGGAAGCCGGGCAGAAGGCCUUGCUGCUGUUCCUCAUCUAUGCGCUCCUUUUCGUCCUACAUCUUUGGGGCGAUUCAAAGGCAAUCCCUGGCAUGAUGAACCUGACCGAGGCGGGAACCACACUCGGAUUCCUGCUGAGUUUGGCAAAUCUCUAUGACGCCCAUACCGGCCAGAUGAUUGGCGGUCUCAUGAAUGCCACCUUUGGAAAUGCAGUUGAGAUGAUGGUGACAGUGAAUGCCAUCAAGGCCUUCACGCCUUCGCACAAUUUAGAUGAGGGUUUUUUUGUGCUAAACCCUAAACCCUAA